AUGAAAGUAAGGAAAUCUUCUACACAAGAGGAGAUCAAAAAAAGAAAGAAAGCAGUUCUCUUCUGUUUAAGCGAUGACAAAAGACAAAUAAUUGUAGAGGAAGCAAAGCAGAUCUUGGUGGGUGACAUUGGUGAUACUGUAGAGGACCCCUACACAUCUUUUGUGAAGUUGCUACCUCUGAAUGAUUGCCGAUAUGCUUUGUACGAUGCCACAUACGAAACAAAAGAGUCUAAGAAAGAAGACCUAGUAUUUAUAUUCUGGGCUCCUGAAAGUGCGCCUUUAAAAAGCAAGAUGAUAUAUGCUAGCUCUAAAGAUGCCAUUAAAAAGAAAUUUACAGGUAUAAAACAUGAGUGGCAAGUAAAUGGCUUGGAUGAUAUAAAGGACCGUUCCACACUUGGAGAGAAAUUGGGAGGCAACGUAGUGGUUUCACUUGAAGGAAAACCCUUAUAA